CAGCUGCUGCCGCCGUUGAUCCUUUCGCACCGGUCGCAACCGCCGCCGCCACUAACGUUGUUCAAUCGGUCAGUCGCGUUUCGUCCGUCGUCUUUUCCGCUCGCGCUGUCCAAGUACUCGAAUCGUGUAGUUGUCCCGUUGACGACAAAAUCGUGUGUUUGGUUUAUUUUUUUGAUUUUAUUGCAAUUUGAAAUUUUUCUUUAACUUUUCAUAUCGACAUGGGACGCAGCCUGGCACUGUGGACCAAAACUCUGAGUUUUCCAUCCCGGAACUCGCCCAACAAGGCGUCUAAGCACAGCAUUACUACAUCCAUUAACACGUCCUCGUGCAACAUUUUCGCACCACCCGCCACGCCAAUAAAAGACAAGACUCCCAUAUCUUCACCUGAUGCAUCUGACAAUGAAAAGGAAAAAGAUAUUAUGGCUUCUACCGUGUAUUGUAUACACCACAAGGAAGGAUGCAAAUGGUCCGAUCAACUUAAACGUUUAAAGGGUCAUUUACAAACUUGUAAGUUUGAUGCGAUUCCUUGUACGAAUCACUGUGGUGCUCAAAUUGCUCGUAUAUUGAUGGACGACCACGUGAGGUACACGUGCAUUGAUCGUCUAAUCAAAUGUGACUAUUGCAAUGGAGAAAUGAAAGGCGAAGUGGCUGGUGAAGAGCAUAGCCGAACGUGCCCCGUAGAGCCAAUCCAUUGUGAAGCCAAGUGUGGAGUUAAGAUUCCUAGGAGAAUGUUGGCUAAGCAUAAGGUGACUGAAUGUUCAAAAAGACUGCUGCCUUGUCGUCAUUGUGGGCGACAGUUUGUGGCUGAUACGAUGAAUUCACAUUUAACGUCAUGCCCGCGAUUCCCUGUUUCGUGCCCUAACAGAUGUGAGAUUGUAACAGUAGCCCGUGAAGAUCUUGAACACCAUAUUAAGCUUACUUGUAACUCAAUGUUGCAAUCUUGUGUUUUCAAAGAUGUAGGGUGUCGUUUUAAGGCUUCUAAGGGAAAACCUAUGGAUGCUCAUAUGGAUGAAGCUAAUCAACAACACAUGGUAUUAAUGUGUUCGAUGGUAGCUAAGCAACAACAACAGAUUGUGUCCAUGAAAAAAGUCAUUAACAAUUUGGCCGUCAACCAAUCAGGCACAUUAAUCUGGAAAAUCGGGGAUGUACUCGAGAAAAUUGAAGAAGGUCAACAUAAGUUGUGUGGUGAUGGCAUUGAAUUGAUUAGUUCUCCAUUUUAUACCAGUCAGUUUGGAUAUAAGUUGCAAGCAUCUGUAUUUUUGAAUGGUAAUGGUUCUGGUGAAAACACUCAUGUAUCAGUCUAUAUAAAAAUAUUACCAGGAGAAUUUGAUGCCCUAUUAAAAUGGCCUUUUUCACAUUCCGUUGCAUUUACAUUGUUUGAUCAAAGUGAAAAGCCAUGCAACAUUGUUGAAAGUUUUGUACCAGAUCCGUCAUGGGAAAAUUUUCAACGACCAAGUACACAACCAGAUUGUCUUGGAUUUGGAUUCCCAAAAUUUGUUUCACAUGACACUUUACUGAAAAAAAGACAGUUCAUUAAAGAUAAUGUAUUAUUUCUUCGCAUCAAAGUUGACCCUAGCAAAAUAAUUGCUGUUUAAAUUGAUUCUUUUUACAGUCAAAUAUUCAAUUAUUAUGUUAUUAACACUAUAUUUUAUGUAUAUUUUUAUUUUGAUCUCAUUCUGUUUAAAGCCACAGUAUGUGUAAAGGCUAUAUUACUUUUAUUUUGACAAUGUACAAACUAUUUGACUGUUUAUGUUGAUUCUUUUUGUAUAAAUUUAAUUGAAGUUUAUAUUUAUUUUCUUAAUUUUCUUUAUCUUUUUGAAGUACUAUUAGUUAUAUUUUAUUUCUUUUCUUUUCUAUAUAUUAGUAUAUUUCAUAAAUUUUUUUCAAUGUUGUACCAAAACAGUGAAAUAAGCUUAAAAGCAUUUUAAUUAAUACAAGUUAUAUAAUACACUUAAAUUUUUUGUUGUUCACAAUAUAGUAUAAUUAUAUAAAUAUAAAUAUAUAUGUAUUUAUAUAUA